UUUUCCUGUCAAAUUUCGUGGCUAUUUCCCCCAUUUUUUGCCGUCAGCAAGAGGCGGAGCUCCAUCGGGGAAGAAGUAAGCUCCAUUACUGCUUCCUGUGAGCUCAAUUUCUCUUCCUCCUCCAUUUCUUUCUUCUGCCCUCUCCUCCAAUUCUUUUCAAUCUCUUACUCUGUCCAUGGCGAUGCGGGAGCUUGUCUCGGGAGGCGCCGCUUGCGCCGUCCCUGGCUCGUCUUCCUCCUCCAAUCCCCUCGGCGCCCUGGCCAACGCUCUCGUCGGCUCAUCUUCCAAGACUCAGGAGCGGCUGAACGAAAUUCCGACGUCGACAUCGACCGGUGGGGAGAAUAGGUUCUUCCAGCAACCCGUGGAUCCUCUGACGGCACUCCCUGGGACGGAAGUCGAUGGGCCAUUUGCUCCCGCCACUGCUCAGCAGGGGUCUGAGUUUCUUCAAGGUUUUCGUGGUGCUGAGCAGAAUGGGAUGCGUCAUGUUUGGGAUGAGGUAAAUGGACAGAUGGUGGAGGCACCUGGACUCUAUCGUCCUCAUCACGCCGGCCUUCCUAUUCCUCAACCAGAUGUUUCAGACUCGCCGCAAGCAAUUUUAUCAAACUGCCUACAUGCAUUUGUUGCCAGUAGCCGGGACGGAAUUCCACUUGCUCACAUUCCAGUUCCUGCGUUAGGACUAUCUGAAAGUGACAGAAGAUGCAUACGUGACCGUAGCAGCAUAAUGGCCCGACACCUUUUUGCUGACAAGAGUGAAGAUUUCAUCAACGCUCAGGUAAAUACACUACUGUCUACACUGGACAUUGACAAUGAAGUGCACGCCAAUGGGCCACCACAUUCAAAAUUUAAUGAGCUUGAGAACUAUUGGAAUGAGUCUCAAGGUGCUGCCAGACCUGGUCCUCAAGAACCCGAUGGAUGGGCUAAAGAAUUUACUUACAACAGGGUAGACUAUGGUGAUCCCAAUCCCUGGGUUAACUCAUUUGAACAGCAACAUGGAACCAAUGGUUGGGCAUCUGAAUUUGAGCAGGAGCAGCGGUUGGGAUCAUUAGAUCUGACAAGAGGCGCAAAUAUCCCAGAUUUGGCUGCAAUGGAGCAGAGUCGUAUGCUGGCACACACACUAGCUUUAAAUAGCAAUCCCAAAUUUCAGAACUCAAAGUUUCUGCAGUUUGUGUCAAAGAUGAGCCGCGGUGAACUCAUUUUUGAUGAUAAUCAAGUCAAGCCUGCAAUGCCCUCUGCAGCUGGGGAUUGGGCUUCCGAGUAUCAAGGGCAGUACAGUGCUGGCCCUUCAUGGGCUGAUGAGUAUGCAAACAACCAGCUUUCUGCUGGCCCAGAUCAGUGGGCAAAUGAGUUCGUUACUGGAAGGGAGCAAAAUGGGCCUGCUGAUGAUGAGUGGGUAAAUGAGUUCUCAAAGUUGCAUGUCAAUGACUGGGUGGAAGAAUUUGGACAACAGUUGAAGGAGGAUGAUACAGCUGAUGGUUGGACAAAUGCAUAUGACGAUUAUUUGAAUGAACAAAUGGCUGCUAAGCAGCAGAAUUCCAAGGGAGCAUAUGAGUUUUCCGAGAUGAAUCCUUAUGUUGGUCAUCCCAACCCCUUGAAGGAGGGCCAAGAGCUCUUCCGCAAAGGUCUUUUAAGUGAAGCAGUCCUUGCUUUAGAGGCUGAAGUAAUGAAAAACCCUGAAAAUGCUGAAGGUUGGAGGUUGCUUGGAAUAGCAAAUGCCGAGAAUGAUGAUGAUCAUCAGGCCAUAGCAGCUAUGAUGCGUGCACAUGAAUCUGAUCCCACAAAUCUUGAAGUCCUCCUAGCUCUUGGUGUUAGCCACACUAAUGAGAUGGAGCAGGCAGCUGCGCUAAAGUAUUUAUACGGAUGGUUACGCAACCACUCAAAGUAUGGAACUCUUGCGCCAUCGGAGGCUCCCUCUUUGUUUUAUGCAGAUGUAGCUAGGUUGUUUGAGGAAGCUGCUCAGUUGUCUCCUGAAGAUGCUGACGUGCACAUAGUACUUGGAGUGCUUUACAACUUGUCACGAGAAUAUGAUAAAGCCAUUGACUCCUUCAAACUUGCCCUUAAACUGAAGCCACAAGAUUAUUCCUUGUGGAACAAGCUUGGUGCUACACAGGCAAAUAGCGUUCAAAGUGCUGAUGCUAUAUUAGCUUAUCAGCAGGCCCUUGAUUUGAAGCCCAAUUAUGUGCGUGCUUGGGCAAACUUGGGAAUCAGUUUCGCCAACCAGGUCCUUACCUCUAUACUGUUGCUUGCUAUGAUAUCUGAACGUAGAAUCUUGGUGCUGUUGGUACCCGGCUGUUUCUUAUGGCUGCUUUUACAAACAUUUUGGAUCAUAUGAAUGAUCCCUAGUACGGUAUUACUACAGAAUCACCAUUCAACAACUAUGUAUUUGUUUUGAACAUGUCAUACGGUUUUGUGCAAAUUAAUGGUACUUUUGGCUUAUUUCUCAACUUCCCUCGAGAAGCAUGAUUUAUGGUAUGGUUUUAGAAGGAGAAUUUAACUGAACUUUGCAAAGGUUCAUUUAGGGUAUAUGCUUGGGAGUUGAGAUUAGUCUAACCUGUCUGAAUUCUUUCUUUCUCUCGUCGCAGGGAAAGUAUGAAGAGUCAAUAAGGUACUACGUCCGUGCACUGGCAAUGAAUCCAAAGGCAGAUAAUGCCUGGCAAUACUUGAGGAUUUCACUGAGCUGUGCAUCUAGGAACGACCUGAUGGACGCUUGCGAUUCAAGGAACCUGGAAGUUCUCCAGAAAGAAUUCCCCCUGUAGGAAAAAGGAAAACGAUUCAGUACAGAAAUGGAAGAAGCAUCAGCCUGGAAAGAGAGAAAGAAAGGACGUUAAACUCCGCUUCAGCUAUCGAUACAGGCAGGGAUCUUGCAGGCUGGUGUUUUCCGUGUUGGUUGCUGCACUCAGAUGAUGAUCAUGGGAUUUCCUGUAGAAUCUGAUAUUUGUUUGAGAGCCCCCUGUGAAAUUAACUCAAACUUUGGUUGUUGGACCCCAACUCUUGUCUUGAGAAGCCUACAUUUACAGUGCAGAAUAAGAAGAGCAUCAUCCACUGUUGUAUACUGGACAGUUUCCUCUGCAGAAUAAUAACAAGAUUAAAAUGCAAAAAGAUGCAAAAUUUGUUCUCUAGAGAAGUAAUCUGCUCAUUUGUAACUUAAAAAGUUGUAUGAUAAAAAAACAAAAAAAGUU